CCUCUCCAUCCCGUUAAUCAAAGAGCUUAAGAAAUAACACAAUGUUAAUAAUUACACCUUGAAACUUUAUCUAUAAAUGGAGUCUUCCCAUUUCCAGAAAAUCACAACAUAAGUUGAAGCAAUCUUAGCGCAAGAAAUUCAUUUCUGUCCUUAAAAAUAUUGUGGAAGAAGCAUGGCAGCUACACUUCCAAGGUUGAUCGUGAUCAAAUCGAAAUACGACAUUGGUAAUCGGAACGCAUACUACAGCGCAGAAAAGGAUGGGAGCGUACUCGUGGGAGAAGAGGAUGUGUUCAGCACGCUGGUGAAGAUAGAAGUGGAGCGGUCGACAACCAACACCAAAUAUGUUCACCUACGAUUCAGUUACUUCAACCGCUACUGGCAGAGGAAGGAGAGCGGCGUAGACAUCGUGGGUGCAUCCGACCAGCCAGAAGAGGACUUAACAAAGCCCACUUGUACCUUGUUCGAGGCGGUUAAGGUUGAUGACAGCGGCGUCUUCUAUUUGAGGCACGUCCAGAGCGGAGGGCGCGUGUUGUUAGAUCCCUCCACCAUGGCCUUGUACGCGGAUGGAAAUGCGGGCGAUGAUACCAGAAGCUACCUGACGUUUGUGGAUUGGAACACCGUUGUUAAACUGCCUCCGCGCGUGGCGUUCAAGGGGUCUAACGGCCUGUACAUCAAGGAUCGGAAUGGAAGCUUGGAAUUCUCAUCCGAAGAUCCUAAUGAUGAGAGUUCAAGCUACGUGGUGGAACUGAUGCCUGACGGACAUGUCCAGAUACAGCAGCCCGCCGGGGAAGGAAAUUACUGGUCAGUGAGCCACACCGUUAAUUCGUGGGUAAACAUUAUAGAUCCUUUCAGCCAGCAGAUCAAAUUCUGGCCUGUCAAAAUGGAUGAGGAUACAAUCGCGCUCCGCAGCGCAGACACCAAUAACUUCUGCCGCCGUCUCACUGCUGAGGGUCUCACUGAUGGUGUAAGCGCGUCAGCUACGAGCCUCACCAAUGAAGCGAUAAUGACAGUGCAGGAAUCGGUGGUGGGAAGAAAGAUCUACAACGUGGUGUAUCAGAUGGAGUAUGCUCGGAUCUUCGACGAGGCUCCUUACUUGGCAGGCUCAGCCUCGCUUGACAACGGGGAAGCUGAGGAGGCUAAUAUGUCGGUAUCAAUUACAUAUGAAGAUGAUAAAUCUUAUAGUUUUACCCGCAGUCUGUCAUUGACCGCAGGUGUGACUGCGAGCAUCGAAGUAGGCCUGCCCUUCAUUGAAACAGCAACGAUCGAAGUGAGUUACGAGAUCAAUGGGACGUUCCAGUGGGAUAACACCACCACAGAUUCAAAGACGGUUUCAGCCACGGGGACAGUUCCUGUGCCGGGGAAGAGUAGCGUCACAGUGGAUUAUGUGGGAACAAGAGGCACCUGCAAUAUUCCUUUUUCUUACACUCAGGAGGAUAGGAGCUCCCUUGAUGGCAAACCGAUUUAUACUGAUCUGGUUGAUGGUAUUUACACUGGUAUCAGCUAUUACAACUUCAAGUUUUAUGUCAGAGACACUCAGCCACUGUGAAAACCAUUGCUCUACCCAAAACAUCCACUCAUCUUUGUUCCUUUUUUUUGUUUCCUGUUGUUUUUGUUUGUGUUUGUGUGCUUUGUUUUGUAAGCUUCUUUCAACUUGGAUUUCCCUAUGUUGUGGUUGUUGUGUUAAUAAUUUCCAGAUACAUGCUGUAUGUGAUGAUCCCAAGUUGCAUUUUCUGGUUGAUUUGAAUUUUGAAUAAUGGAUGUUUGAAUUAA